GACGAAUCUUUCUUCCGCAGUUCCGCAACCAAUCGAACUCUAAUGUCAGCCUACAGUUUUAUUCGGGGGCUAUACGAUCAAGAGUCGACCACUGUUGGUUAUCCUCCAGUCUACUCUAUUCCCUUGGACAUCGAUCAUUUGUUAAAAAUGUCCAGCAAUUGCACGCAGUUUAUCACUUCGUAUCAAAACUUUAUGGAAUCACCUGAGGUCACUCUUUUGGCAGAGCAGUUUUCGGAGACUUUGAACCACUUUCAACAACGUUUCUGAUGUAAGUUAUAUCUGUCCAGCCGGGCACCAUGGCCCCAGCUCUCAGACGCACUGUAUCUUAACGCCAAAUGUUUUGUUAACUUUAAUUCAUUUUCUCUUGCACAAAUAGCUGUCAUGUUCCCUGAGAACCCCACACCCGUUGGUCGGCUUCGCGUCGGAUGGAAGAUUUGCGACCCUGUGGGCGUCUGGGUUUUGCAUCAGUUACCAUGGCCUCAUUGGUUGACCAGUGAGAUAGCACAACAAUGCGCCAGGAUGCUUGAUUUCAAACACUACAUUCGGUUCUCCACCCCAGCUCUUACUCGACUUCGUGGAGGUCCUCUGGUAGCACAUAUGCUCCGUCUAUUUCGCACGCGGGCUAACCUUGAGUUGUCGCGUAGUUCGUCAGCUGAGCAGAAGAAACUUGCGAAGCCUCUGCCAUUAGUUGCUCCCACGUCUGGACUGGAAGUAGUUGGUUCCGGUCAACGGUUGAUCGCCUAUUUCGCGCACGACUCGACCCUGGCAGCGGUGCUGAGCCAUUUGGGCAUUUUCAAUCGGAUGCUUGAUUUCAAACACUACAUUCGGUUCUCCACCCCAGCUCUUACUCGACUUCGUGGAGGUCCUCUGGUAGCACAUAUGCUCCGUCUAUUUCGCACGCGGGCUAACCUUGAGUUGUCGCGUAGUUCGUCAGCUGAGCAGAAGAAACUUGCGAAGCCUCUGCCAUUAGUUGCUCCCACGUCUGGACUGGAAGUAGUUGGUUCCGGUCAACGGUUGAUCGCCUAUUUCGCGCACGACUCGACCCUGGCAGCGGUGCUGAGUCAUUUGGGCAUUUUCAAUCGGUUGAAGCCACCGGUGGCAAGCAGCCUGAUUGUUGAAUUGCAUCAAAACCCCACAGCAGCUGACGACUUCUUGGUUCGGUUUCGUUAUAGAAACCACACUAGGCCAAAUGAUACUUUUGUUUACUCAUUGUGGCCACCGGCAUGCGGUCCCUCGCAGCUGGCACAAGAGUCCGGUUUCAUGUGUUCGUUAGCGCAGCUGGAGUCGGCCAUGACGGGAACAUACCUUGUGGAGUUGGAUGCUGGAUGUGAAGAAGCCAUCAGAGAAGAUCUCGAUGUAAUGGCGAAUUUUUACUACCCAUUGCUUCUGUCGUUGCUUUUCGCAAACUUACUUCUAUUUUUAUAUCUUUGGAGACGUGCCAGGCUGCUGAAUCCCGAAUGUUAGCCUCGCUUUUCUCCAAUUCAUUUUCUCCUCGUCCUCAGUAGCUGUCUUUCAAUUGUUGUAAAUUUAUUGUCGCGUUUAUCGCUUCUGUUACUUCUAGCACCAGAUUCUUCAUCACUCCUGUUGAACGUUUCCCUUGUUCAUUUUCUCAGAGCAUUUUCUCCUAAUGUAGUGUACAUUAUACCAUGUAAAACUAUAUAAUAUAGUUUUUUACUGGAACUUUCGGAUCUGAUUUUGACAGUCCAAUUUUUUGAAACCUGGU